GUCCGAAGGACGAAAUGAGAACGUCGUAAACGCAACAGCCUGCUGUUUUGUCCAUCUGCGUUAAGCUCAAGCUCCAUCAUAGGAUUAAGUGCCUUUCUUGUUGCUCUCAACUCUGCAGCCUGCCAGGAUCCCUCCCUCCUUCUCUCUUUCUCUCUCUAUCCUCCUUUAUUCGUCUUUACUCUUCGUCAUCUCUUUACCUUUUCCUCCUUUUAUGCAUAUAUCUCCUCUCUCUCCGACAAAAAAGUCCUCGGAAUAUUUACUUUGAAAAAGAGUUUUUUCUUCCUUUCGAAACCGUUGCUGCAGAAAUUCAGAAUGCUUUCGCGGGUAUCGGACCAAAUCCUGAACUUCCAUGAGCUGUUUGAGUUACUUUUGUGUGUAGCCGAGCUAACCCAUAUGAGUGUUCCUGGUAAUUGGAUCUGAUAGCUGAGACUGACGCUGAAGCUGAAACUGAAACACCGAUCGAUUCUUGCGCAAAUGCCGCCAUCAGUGUUGGGUCUCUUUGGACCUCGAACAGCAGCUUCUGAGCUCUGCAAAUCUCGAAACCUUUAUGGGAUGAAAAGCUAGUCAAAUUCUCUGCUUCUACGCCAUGUUUUCAGAGAAAUGAAGAAAUGGAUUGCUAUUGUAUUAAAAUUUCCCACAUUUCCUUGUGGGAAAUUUGAGAAGAUUCCGAACUGAUAAUUUUUCUAGUAGGAUUGUUCCAAGCUCCUGGAGCUCUUCAAUGAUCGUACGUACCUCGUGUAAGUGCCCAUUGUUCAAAGGAAAUCAUCAAGGUCUGCCGAAGUUACAUAUUUGUACUGGUCAUCCCUUUCAGCAAUCCUUCGCCAAAAAAUUGCCUAUGAGGAUGUGCUGUACUUCAGCACUUACUUAUCUUUUCAUACUAAUCACUCUUCUACCCCCCGCCAUUGCUGACCUGAACUCAGAUAAGCAAGCACUUCUUGACUUUGCUGCUGCUGUUCCCCACCGACGCAACCUCAGCUGGAACCCUACCAGCUCUGUCUGCAAAUCUUGGUUUGGUGUCACUUGCACGCCAGAUGGAACCCGUAUUCGUGCCCUCCGGCUUCCUGGGGUUGGACUUGUGGGCCAUAUCCCACCAAAUACCCUUGGUAAGCUUGAUGCUCUCAAGAUUCUGAGUCUUCGAUCUAACCUUCUCACCGGUAAUCUGUCCUCUGAGAUUACCUCCCUCCCUUCACUGCAGUACCUCUACCUGCAACAUAAUAAUUUCUCAGAUGACAUUCCUACCUCCUUUUCCCUUCAACUCAACGUACUGGAUCUGUCAUUUAAUUCCUUUUCUGGAAGCAUUCCACAAGCAAUACAAAAUUUAACGCAACUUACUAGUUUGAACCUCCAAAACAAUAGCCUUUCUGGAUCCAUACCCGAACUUGAUCUACCUAAACUCAAGCAUUUGAACAUAAGCUUCAACCACCUUAAUGGCUCUGUUCCAUCUUCCCUUCAAAAAUUUCCAAAUUCAUCCUUCUUAGGAAACUCUCACUUAUGCGGACUACCUCUAAUAGCCUGCUCCAUCUUCCCAGCACCUUCUCCAGCUCCUACUUUGUCUUCAACAAUGGUUCAUUCAAAUCAAAGUUCUAAAAAGAAACUGUCAAUGGGAGCCAUAAUUGCAAUUGCAGUCGGAGGAUUUGCGUUGCUGUUUCUGUCAGCUCUAGUUAUUGUUCUCUGCUGUCUGAAGAAAAAAGGUAGUGAAAGUAAUGGUGUAUCGAAAGGGAAAGUUUCAAGUAGCGGGAGGAGUGAGAAGCCCAAAGAAGACUUUGGAAGUGGGGUACAGGAACCUGAAAAAAACAAGCUUGUUUUCUUUGAAGGUUGUUCUUAUAAUUUUGAUCUUGAAGAUCUAUUGAGGGCUUCGGCUGAAGUGCUGGGAAAAGGUAGUUACGGCACAGCAUAUAAGGCUGUUUUGGAGGAGGCAACAACGGUAGUGGUAAAAAGGUUGAAGGAAGUGGUGGUCGGGAAGAGGGAGUUUGAACAGCAACUGGAAAUUGUGGGUAGGGUUGGACAGCACCCAAAUAUUCUGCCACUCCGAGCUUAUUACUACUCGAAAGAUGAGAAGCUCCUUGUCUAUGACCAUGUCCCUGGUGGCAGCUUAUAUACACUAUUGCAUGGAAACAGGGACGCUGGACGAACUCCAUUGGACUGGAAUGCCAGAGUGAAGAUCUCCCUAGGAAUUGCAAGGGGAAUUGCCCACCUCCAUUCUGCAGGUGGUCCGAAGUUCUCUCAUGGAAACAUCAAGUCCACAAAUGUCCUCCUCAACCAAGAUUUCGAAGGACGCAUUUCCGACUACGGUUUAACCCCUCUUAUGAAUGUUCCCGCCACUCCUUCCCGCGGUACCGGCUAUCGUGCUCCAGAGGUGAUCGAAUCCCGAAAGCACACCCACAAAUCAGACGUGUACGGCGUCGGUGUUCUCCUCCUUGAGAUGCUGACCGGAAAAGCUCCACUCCAAUCGCCAGGGCGUGACGACUUGGUUGAUCUUCCGAGGUGGGUCCAGUCUGUUGUUAGGGAAGAAUGGACAGCGGAGGUCUUUGACGUCGAGUUGAUGAGGUUUCAAAACAUCGAAGAAGAAAUGGUGCAGAUGUUGCAGAUUGCCAUGGCCUGUGUGGCAAGGUUGCCCGACUUGCGACCCAGCAUGGAUGAAGUUGUUAGAAUGAUUGAAGAAAUCCGGCUAUCGGACUCGGAGAACCGGCCAUCUUCUGAAGAGAACAAAUCCAAGGGCUCAAAUGGGCCGACUCCAUGAUUGCCUAAACCUUGGCCCAGUUUGCUUGCAGGAAGCAGCAACGUUGGACAUUUUCAUUUGGACGAAGUGAGGAUUUCCCAAGUAGAAUAAAUACCUCCUCGGCCUCCAUGUUUGACUCUCGGUAGUCGGUAGCGCGUGAACGUUUCCAUUUGUGCUAUUUUUAUUUUUAUUUUUUUAAUUUUUUUGGGGUAAAUCAGUACCUGGAUUAUUACGUAAUUCGAGAUUUUAAUUUUUAAUUUUUAAAAAAUAUUUAAAUUUUAGAAAAUUUGUAAUUCA